AUGGUUCAGAGCAACAGCCAGAAUUGGAACAGCAGUACUGAAGAGCUGGUUGUGCCAAGUAUCAGCCUCACUGAGGCGAAUGUAGGCUUGACCGCAUUGCAGUUGCUGGUUUGGUUCUUCCUCUAUGUCAACGGCCUCAUGCUCUUCACCUUCUUCAGUAAGCAGGCAUUCCGGGGCAACACACGCUACAUCCUGUUCGCCCACACCCUGCUGUCAGACUCCGUCUUCCUGCUGCUCACUGACCUGGUGGUGCUGCUCACCUACUUCUUUGUGAUGGUGCCCAUGGGCUUCUGCAUCCUGCUCUGCAUUAUCAUGGAGAUUGUUACCAACACAACACCACUGACCAUCACCGCUAUGUGCUUGGAGCGCUAUGUGGCCAUCUGCAUGCCACUGAGACACGCUGAGAUCUCUACCACUGGAAGAACUAUAGCUGCUAUUGUCAUAAUCUCAGCCCUGUGCUCCAUCAACCCCUUUAUGGACCUCUUCAUUCUUGUCGCAGCAGCACCACCAAGCUACCUUCACCAGCAGACUUUCUGCUACUACGAGGUCAUGUUGUUCCUACAGUGGCAAAGCGAACUGCGAGCCGUCCUUAAUCAGGUAGCAUGCGUUCUGAUUGCGGUCAUCAUAGUGUUCUGUUAUACUAAAAUCAUGCUGGCGGCUAAGGCUGCCUCAGGAGAAAACAAGGAAUCUGCGUCAAAGGGACGACGCACGCUUCUGCUCCACUCACUGCAGCUUUUCUUGUCCAUGAUUGACAUGUGGUGUCCAUACAUCGAGGCUUUUGUGCAGGAGAACUACCCACAGGUCCACCUGUCUGUCCAGUACUUCAACUUCCUCGCUUUCAGCAUCAUCUCGAGAGCCCUGGGUUCACUUAUCUAUGGUCUUAGGGAUCAGAAGUUUUUCCUUGCUCUGAAACAUCAAGACAGAUGCAAGCUAAAUCCUAUCUCUGCAGCAACCUAG